AUGGCUCAAGCAAGUUUGACGGGGUCUGCAAAACUGGCCGCCGUUACGAGUUUAUUAGAUAAACUGACUGAAGAUCUUACUUCUGGCACUUUACUCCCGCACCAACGUGAUUCUGCCUUGGAGGAGCUUAAGAUAUAUGGCAGAGAUCCUCGGAAUGCAGAUCCUAUAUUCACCAAGGAGGCAAGCCACGAUACUAAGAAUUCAUCUAGCUCAACCUCGAGAAAUGCUUUACGAGUCCUUUGUAAUGCGUUGCUCCUGGAACAAGAGACUCGGCAAAUAUUUGUCGAUCAAGGCUAUGAAGCUAAAGUAUGCGAUAAACUCAGAAGUGACAGUUGCGAUGAUGAGUUUUUAGUCUCGAGGAUCCUAUUCUUGACAACCUAUGGGACAAAUACAAACUUGAUAGAACUCAUUGAAAAGCAUCAAUUGGCCGAUGCUAUCAACAAAAACCUCGAACGACACGCGAAGCUUCGCUCUACAACCAAUCCCGUGCCUAAUCCGAUGGAAGAUAUGGCACUCGUGGAAACUCUCAAACUUCUCUUCAACAUCACUCACUAUUGCAAGGACAAGAUAUCUUCGUUUACAGUAGCAAUACCUCUUAUCGUCACGGUGUUAUGUAAGAGCUCGUUUUUAACUACGAAGCCACUCGAUCCCCCCACUGGCUCAGCAAUCAAUGCUCUUUUCAACCUGGAUAUUGGGGCGAAGGAAAUUCAGGUCUCGUUGUUUCCUCCAAACGAGCCCAAUACAUUCGCAAAUUAUCUCAUCGACUUACUGGCACGCUCGACUACGGCGCACGACAACGAAGACCUAGACGCUUGUAUCACACCUCUAGUCGGUGUAAUUCGUUCCAUUCAUGAGCAUGCGCCAAAAGACGUUCAAAACUCAAUGCGUGCACGACUUUUACCCACUGAGGCCGAUAGAGCUGAAGUACUUGGCCGGACUGACUCCUUACCAUCUUGGCUUCUGAACAACUCUACAAAUCCCCUUGCACCUCAACUACGUGAAGUGAUUUCUAAUCUUUUCUUUGACAUGUCUGAUAAAGAUGCAUCGAUAUUCGUUGAGAACGUAGGAUAUGGCUUUGCGUCUGGUUUCUUGUUCAACAAGAAUAUGCCAGUACCUUCAAAUGCCUCCGAGGCCUUCAGCAAUGCUCAGAUAGGCUCUGACAGACCAAUCAAUCCUAUUACUGGUCAGUUUCUUGACGCUGAAAGGGAGCCGGAGGCCCCCCAGAUGACCGACGCUGAGAAGGAAAGGGAGGCAGAGAGGCUUUUUGUCUUAUUUGAAAGGCUGAGGGCGAAUGGUGUGAUAUCCGCCGAGAAUCCAGUGCGAACAGCCGUGCAAGAGGGCAGGUUUGAAGAGUUGCCCGAUAAUUAUGAAGAUUCCGAAUGA